UAAAGCCCCCGACCCUGGGUGUCAUGCGAGCGUCAACUCGUUCGUCGUUCGUCUUCUUCUUCUUGCGCUUUGCCCGUAAAAACAGAGGGAGCGUUUGCAGGCACGCAGAUAUGCACAGGCUGUCCCUCUCGAACUCCCCUUCGCUGUUCCGUGGCGGGAACGAGGAGGAGACCGUCGAGAGCCGACGAGGGGAAGACGAAAGCAGAGACAGAGAGGAGAUUGAGGAAGCCAAGAGGGAGAGGCUCGGAAUGCGUAUUUGCCGGAAAGACAGACUCGUCCACCUCAUCCCGUUCGUUCUCCUCCUCUGCAUUCUCCUUCUCUACAUCUUCUCCUAUGAUCCAACCCAGAAAGGGGACUCGAAGGUCAGUGACUCGGAGCAAUUUAAACACAACCGAGGGAUCGGGAAUCAUCUAGUGCUCUACAGCCACCGCAGCGUCCAACAAGCCAAGAAGAACCUUGCCACCGCCACUGCGACAGCCUCUCCUCCCUUACAUAGCUACCGGAAACGGCGUCAAACAUUGGGAUAGUAAUUAAACAAAUACAAAACAGGAAAUGGAAGGAAGACCCCGUUUCCCUCUUUGGCCUCCGCAAGUUCGACUAGCCUUCCUCUCGCUUGUUGCCGCGCAGACCUCUUUGCGGGCCGUGUCACGUGCACUCCCGACGUGAGUUAAUUUUUCAACUAAAGCACCCUUACAAAUGAACAGGCUUUAUACAUUUGUUCUACUCACCGACGGAUUAAAACUG